CAGUAGACAGUAGUUAGGGUUUUUCAUUUUCCCUCCAUAAACUUGGUAGAAAACAAUGUCUAAAAAUCUCUUGCCGCCGGUCACCACCACCACCACUACCACCACCAUCACAGCCAUGUUGUAAACAUCAUAAUGGCGGCGAUAACCGUUAGACGUAAUGUGCUUCUGUUGCCCAUCAAACCACUUUUAUCAUUACAGGGGCUUUACCAUCAGUUCGUCGAAUUUGGUGAUGCUAAACAUAGACCACCUACUGAAGAUGAUUAUUUAAUCUUUAAACAAGGUGAAAUUGAUGUAUCAAAGUGGAAAAAGAUGGAUGCAAGGUCAUUGGGGAUAACUCCAACAAUGGUACCUGCGUCCCCCUAUACGGUUAUGCAUAUUCUUCGAAACAGAGGGUUUGAAGCCUACUUAGUUGGUGGGUGUGUGAGAGAUUUGCUUCUUAAUAGACCACCAAAAGAUUUUGAUGUCAUAACCACUGCUAAUCUUGAUCAGAUCAGUGAGCAGUUUCAUCGAUGUCAAGUUGUUGGACUCCGGUUUCCCGUAUGCAGAGUUUUUAUAAAAGGAUCAGUUGUUGAGGUAUCUAGUUUCGAUACUUUGGCUAAGGACGCUGAAGGAAAAGAGAAGUUUCUAGAAUCCCAAACGCCUAAAGGUUGUGAUAACUUAGAUCUUAUGCGCUGGAAGAACUCAAUGCAUCGAGACUUUACGAUCAACAGCUUGUUCCUUGACCCCUUUCUUCAGAAAAUCUACGACUACAAUGAUGGAAUGAAGGAUCUAUCAGAACUAAAGUUACGGACGUUAGUACCUGCUCAAUUGUCAUUCACAGAGGACUCGGCAAGAAUACUUAGAGGCUUGAGAAUUGCUGCGCGUCUUGGCUUAUCGUUGUCAAAGGAAAUCAAGAGCGCAAUUUUUAAACAUUUAACGUCUGUUUCAAGAUUAAGCCAGUCCAGGGUUACGAUGGAAUUAAAUUAUAUGCUAUCAUUUGGGGCUGCCGAAUCAUCGUUUUCUUUGCUUCAUAAAUACCAUCUACUUGAGGUUUUGCUACCGUUUCAGGCAGCAUACAUUUUUCAACAAGCGACUAGGUGUGCUGAAAGUUCCAUGAUGUUAAUGAAACUGUUAUCAAAUUUGGAUAAGUUGGUUACUUGCGAUCGCCCUUGUGGAAGUCGUUUAUGGAUAGGACUUUUGGGGUUCCACCUGGCACUAGCAACCAAUCCACAACAUCCUUUUGUUAUCUUGACUUUUGCGUCCGUUUUGUAUCAUCAAAACUGGGAGGAUGGCCUCAAGUUUGCAAGGCGAAGUGGUCAAAGUCAAACACUAGUCAGCUUUAACCCUGAAACAUUAGAGCCAAAUAAGUUCCUAUCUGAUGAUGAGAUUGCUGAAAAAGUAAACGAAUUGGUAAUGCUGGUGGUAUAUGCUAUUGACGUUUUGGUGGGGAUAGAGAGCCCACACAAAACAAUGGAGAAGUUUCCCGAUUUUCCGUACUCUGGUUUGGUAUUUAUACCGCAAAACCAGGGGCAUAACACGAAACUUCUUUUUGAUGUCAUUGCCCAUAAGGUGGAAACCUACAACAAGGGCAGAGCUUCUUUCAACAUAAACUAUGAUCUUCUUAAAAGGGGUGAUCUUGUAGAGACUAGGUUCGCCCUCGGGAAGAUCAUUUUGAAUACUAUGGGCUGUGGAGUUGACCUUGAAUUUGACCUUGACCGUGAUAGUGAUCUCAACGAGGUCAGCUCUUGUCUCAAAGGUGAAUAUAUUGUGAAUGAGAAAGAGGAUAGAAAACAACCACCGUUACCUUCUAAGUUGGAUUCGCAACUAGCUAGUGACCCCGUGGGAAAACCGGUCGCAACACUCAACAGCAUUAUGCAACAAAAACCGGAGCGAAUUGGCAUCUCAUUUGAUCCAAAGAAUGCGGAUUAUAAGACGAAUAAACCAGCAAUUAAUAGAUCCAUGCAGAACCUGAUUUGCAUGCUAGAAAGUCAAAAUCUGGAAGAGAGACGUGCGGGGAAUCCAGAAGUCGAAGUAGAUCGGUCAGUAGUAGAAGAUGAUGAAACCGGGGUUGGUUCACUUUUGUUGUCCGUUCAAACGAAUUGCAAAAGCGCAAUUGAAGAAGCGAGAGAUUCACCCGCUGAAAUCAGAAAACUAAAUCAGUUUCUUGUUAACUUUGUGGGAGAACAAAAGCAAAGAAAGAAGACAGAAUAUUUAGAAACAUCUACUUUGACUUCAUCUUCUAUCGGUACUUCUCAAAUAGAAGGUGAACAAUCCAAGGUUACGACUAGAUCAAAGAAAGUUACGAGGGGGGUGAAAUCGAGUAUAAAUGGUGAAAAAAGGAAGCAAAGGGUUUGUUCGUAUUGCAAGGAAGCAGGCCACUACAAAACCAGAUGUCCUAAAAGAAAGAUGGAUGAAGCGGCUUGUCAGGGUGACAUAGAAUCAACAUGAAGUACACAAAGUAUGCAGGUUUGCUCAGUUAAUUCGAUUUGUUAAUAUUUAAAUGCUAGAAGAUAUACGAUGAAACAUUGUUGUGUUUGUACAAGGAUCAAGGAUGGGUGAAUAUGACAAAAAAUGUGUGCAGACAAUGGUAUUAUUACAUUUACAAAUUAAAAAUGUCCAAUCAUUUAAGUUUUA